AUGGCUCCCACGACCAUCCGGGCGAAGAAGCUCGAGGCGGCGCUGCAGGGAGCUGUCUGGAGCCAGGCGGCAGUGAGCAAAGCGCAGGACCAGUUGGCCGAGGAGAUGGCCUUGCCUGAGACCGUCCCUGGAGGCAUGGCGGCCUUCCGACAAACGUUGGCGCUGUCGUACGUCUACAAGUUCUAUGUGGGAGUCUCCUUGGACCUGGCAAAGGCUGUUGAACAGAACGCUUCGUUGCCAGCGGCACCAAAACUUGAACCAGGCGAGGCUUCCGCGGCUAAGAGCUUCGUGGCCGAGGACAGGCCCAUUACGAGCGGAAGUCAGACAUAUGUGGUGCCCAACGGCGGCAUGCAAUCUUCCUCUGUUGCGGGGGAAAAGGACCAUGCGCCGAAAGAAGAUCAGAGCCGUGCGCCGGUGGGCCAGCCUCUCAUGCACCACACGGCGCUGGCCCAAUGCACGGGCGAGGCCAAGUACACGGACGACAUCCCCCAGGUCCCCGGAACGCUGCAUGCUGUUCUCAUCCUCAGCGAGCGCUGCCAUGCGAAGAUCCUGCAGACCUUCCGGCAGAGCAAGCAGGAAACCUCCUACUUGUUCGAGCUUGCCGAACGAGGUCAAUUCGACCGUUUGAGGUCACUGCUGGAAGACUUCCCUCAUUUUUGGCAGGCGGUCGAAGACGAUGGAACCACGCUGCUGCACUGGGCAGCCGUUCGGGAUGAUGCUAAGUUCGUCUCCCAAGCCUUGGCAGUGAAGAUCGCGGUUGACGUGCCGGGCCCGCGCAAUCAGACGCCAUUGAUGUGGGCAGCGGCCGGGGGAGCAGUGUCCGCGAUGCAUGCCCUCAUCACUGCACAAGCGGAUGUGAACGCCAAAGACGAGUCAGGUGCCACGCCGCUUCUGCAUGCUGUGCAACACAAGCAGCACACGUCCCUGCUUCGCUUGGUGGCGGUGGCGGAAAAUGAGACAGAGUUGCCGAGGCUUGUGUCCGUCACUGACAACAAGGGCAGAAAUGGAGCGCAUUGGGCUGCCUACCUCGGGGACCUUUCGUCAUUGAAGCUUCUUAGUCAUUUCGGCGACAACCUCCAUCACCUGGAUGAGAAGAGGAACACCGCCUUGCAUCAAGCCGUGGCUGGCUGCCGGCCAGGCGUGCUGGACUUCCUCGUGAACCGUGGCGUCGAUCCUGAGCUCCAUAAUGCCGAUGGUGCCACCUGUGUAGACCUGGCGAGAGACAACAGCCACGCAGAGACCACCCGCGCUUUGCAGCGGCUGUUGAAGCCGAAAGGCAUCGACGUUCACGAGCUUGCGGAGUCCGGCGCCGCGCCCUUCAAGAAGAAGCAGGAAUCUGGAAGCGCCAAGGAUCCCAUGCAGCUGCUGAAGCAGUAUGGGUUCGGAGUUUUCUGGCUGAUGUGCGUCUCCAUCACUGUUUUCGAGUAUAUCCUGGACUCUCAAAUCCUGGCGGAGCAGUAUUGUCCGGUUUUGGCCAUGAUGUUCGAGUGUGGUGUGUUCGUUUCACUGGUGCUUUUCUUCAGCAUCGUCCUGGGAGAUCCAGGAAAGGUCACCGCGAAGAUCGGCACUCGGCCCAAUGGUCUCGAUGCCUACCUUCGUCUCCUCCGAGAGGGAGUUCCGGUUGAGGCGACUCGACUGUGCACGACAACCUGGCUUCUCAAGGACCUGCGCACCAAGUACGAUAUUUGGAGUGGCGCCUGCAUCCAGGAGUUCGAUCAUUUCUGCAACUUCACCGGCUGCGUCAUAGGUUACUCGUAG